AUGACUAUGACCUCGAUGCCGAGCGAGCUGAUCCUGUCCUCCACCAGCUGCUCGCCCGCCUCACCGGCCUCACCUCUGGCCACGACCCUGCUCCACUCGGUCCAGACCGGCGCCCAAGUCUUCUCCUUCAAAUCCCCAAACGCCUCCUCCUCCUCCUCCUCCUCCUCCUCCUCCUCCUCGUCCACGACCACCUCGACAACACGCUCAGGGAAACAAGACCCGAUUCAAUCUGGGUCGAGCUUGGCCUUGUCGGAUCGCAAGUCGUUUGGAUAUGCUGCGGCGUCGAAUGGAGUCGGUGGCUAUCUGAUCGGGCUUGGAGGCAAGGAUGGCAGGUCGGGAAUGAAUGUGUGGUCCUUGCACAAGGUAGCUCCAGCACGAUCGCAGUUUGGAAGCUUUUCAGAUCUGGGUAUUGACCCAUCGCCCAUCACCCCUCACCGCUCGAUAGGCACAAGUCGUUCAGCGCCUGAUCCCCCCGGUGCGCUUGACCACGAUCGCCGUUGCUCAUUCGGGAUUGUACUUGGCCGGCGGCACCCUCGACGGUCGCAUAUUCUUGUGGGAGGUGAGUCGCAGUAGGAUCGAAUCAAUUUUUUUACAUAGGCUCGGCUCGUGAGCUAAUUCCUCACUCCACACCACCUCCUCAUCUGGACCACCUCCAUCUCGGCCAAUUUCGUCGGCUCGUCUCCAGACCUCCUCGGGUUCACUCCUCCUGACGAUCGACGCCCACUAUCGAGCCAUCUCCGUACUCGACUUCUCUUCCGACGACGCCGCGCUCGUUUCCGGUUCCGAAGACUCGGGUGUAUCAGUCUGGGCCAUGGGCAGGCAAGUCGUGCCUUCCUCCUUGCUCCGUCCGUAGCCAGAUUGAGCUGACGAGGCUCGCUCCAUUCUUGUAGGUUACUGAACGCAUCCCCUCGGAACCCACCCACACCUUUCGCCACCCUGUCGGACCAUACACUACCCAUCACCUCGAUUGCGAUCGGUUUGGGCUCGUUCCCCAAAUGUCGCAUCAUGACUGCUUCUCUCGACUCGACCGUCAAGGUUCGUUGCCCCUGUCGAUUUAGGCUGCCGGUGGGCUUCUCCUUGCACAAUAUUGACACACGAAUUUCGCGUGCACUUCAAUCCAGGUUUGGGACAUCUCGACCUGCCCCUCGAUUCUCCUCGCCACGUUCUCCUUCGCAAGCCCGAUCGAACUCUUGGCCUGGGACCCUCUGGAGCGCUACUUUUUCGCCUCGGGACCGGACCCCGCAUCCCCUUUCGACUCGACCCAAUACCGCGUCGUCAAGGUUCCAUUGUACCACAAUCCAGCGCCGAGUUCGGAUGGCCUGGCGAGUGCGGUCGAACCUUUGGUUGGGAAUGACGAGCAUGGGAGGGUGCAGACCGUCGUGGAGCAGAACAUCUAUUCUAUCUCGUACGUGCCGAGUUUCUUACCUCCUCCGUGCGAUCCUAUUCGCUGAUCGGCGAAUCGUUCGCUCCGAUCCUCAGUGACCGUAUCACAGCACUUUCGCUAUCCUCCUUAUCCCCGACCUUGCUCGUCGGAACCUCGACCUCGCAAAUCCACCUCUUAUCCCUGCCGUCGCUGCUCGCGAUACGCAUCAUACUCCCUCCCCCUUCAACGGCCCCACCCUCCGCCAUAACCUACCUCACGACUCUCCUCCGUCCCUCGAACCUAGGAUCCAACACGUCCACUACGACGAACCCUACUGAAGGGGCGAGGACGUUGUUCGUGCAUGGGUUGGGGAGGAGUAUGGUGUUGAAUACUACAGGGGGGAAUGGGGGGGAAGAGUUUUUAAAAGGUGGGAGUCAGGGCAGGGUCGUGGAGAUGAGGGUACCGUUGGUUAGGGACGUGGGUGCGUUCGUUCGGAUAAAGUCGGGUACGUUGAAUUUCUCCAAAGGCACGCUCGGCUCUCGAGACAAAGUCACGAUGGCGACUGGAGUGGAUCGGGGUUCGGAAGCGUUGGUCAAGGUGCAAGAGUUGGAGGAGCAGAUUGAAAAGUUGAAGAUGCAGUUGGCGAAGGCGGUCAGUUUGAAUCAAGAGAUGUGGGAUAAGGUCGUACAGGGGAGUUUGGGCGGUGGGGAACGAUGA